GUUUCCCACAGAUUACAUCAGCUCGUUCAUAUGGAUUUGAACAUGGAAUUCAACCCAUCAGAUCAUCCACGGGCCAGUACGAUAUUUCUCAGUAAAUCGCAAACAGAUGUGAGAGAAAAACGCAAGAGUCUCUAUAUAAACCACCAUCCUCCUGGGCAGUUGAGAAGGAAGUACAGUUCCUGCUCCACUAUUUUCCUGGAUGACAGCACAGUCAGUCAACCAAACCUCAAGUAUACCAUCAAAUGUGUAGCUCUUGCAAUAUAUUACCACAUCAAAAACAGGGACACAGAUGGAAGAAUGCUCUUAGAUAUUUUUGAUGAAAACCUUCAUCCCCUUUCGAAAUCCGAAGUGCCACCAGACUAUGACAAACAUGACCCGGAGCAGAAACAGAUUUACCGCUUUGUUCGGACGUUGUUCAGUGCUGCUCAACUGACUGCUGAAUGUGCCAUUGUCACCCUGGUAUAUCUUGAAAGACUUUUAACUUAUGCAGAGAUAGAUAUUUGUCCAGCAAACUGGAAGCGAAUUGUGCUGGGUGCAAUUCUACUGGCAUCCAAAGUUUGGGACGACCAGGCAGUGUGGAAUGUGGAUUACUGCCAGAUCCUGAAAGAUAUCACGGUCGAAGACAUGAAUGAGCUGGAACGCCAGUUUCUUGAGCUGUUGCAGUUCAAUAUUAAUGUUCCCUCCAGUGUUUAUGCCAAGUAUUAUUUUGAUUUGCGUUCCCUGGCAGAAGCGAAUAACCUGAGUUUUCCUUUGGAGCCCCUCAGCAGGGACAGGGCAUAUAAACUUGAGGCCAUUUCCCGCUUGUGUGAAGAUAAAUAUAAGGACUUCAGGAAAGCUGCAAAGAAACGGUCAGUCAGUGCUGACAAUCUGACUGUGGUUAGAUGGUCCCCUGCUAUUAUCUCCUAACAGAGGAGACUGGAAUAUUCCUACGGACGUACUGUUUCAUCCAUCCAUUUUUUUUUUUUUCGGGGUGGGCGGGG